UUUAAGUUUUGGAGUCUUGACCAUUGGCAUUGGUAUAUAUUAAGGUGUAAGUAUGUUAUUAAUUACUUCUUACACGUGAUAGUUAUGGAUGAGUAUAGGAUUAAUUCGAUUCAUAACUGCUUGCUCUAAUUCGAUCUUAAGAAAUUACACAGACGAUGAACUAUGUGAAGGCAUUUGACAUUGAAUUGAGCUUACGAGAAUUAGGCCCAAAAACGAAUUGGUUGUGAUAAUUGGUACUUAUUAAUAAUUGCUAGGCCCAAAUGGCCCAAUAGGUACCCAUAUAUAUAUAUUUGUCUAAAGAUUUGAGUUCAGUGACGACCUGUACCUCGAGGCGGAGAUGGCCGCGACUACAACAAAUCUUAGGCUCUUCUCUCCUGUAUACCUUGCUCCUUCGUCAACUGUAAACCGUAGACGUCUCCAUGGCAUCAACAAGAGGUCACAAACUCGUAUCUUCUUUCCCGCUAAACCCUUCCCUUCUCUAUCUAUCAAAAUCGCUGCAUCAUCAUCCCCUUCGCGGCCUGCCUUUACCCAGCUAACUCCUCUCUAUCCGACGACUCGGUCAUCCACACUCACCUGGUCGACUCGGUCAUCUACCGAGUUGACUCGGUCUCUGGCCACUCUGGCGGCAUUAGCAAUCGCUCUAGCCAGAGCCUUAGCUUGUAAACUCUCCCUCGCAGCUCACACAUCGGCAUUACGAUUAUCUCUCCAAACCGGCGGGACUGUCUUCUUGGCGUCGCUCCGGGAACGGCCGCCGGGGUAUUUGAUCACGCCGCAGACGGUGGUAGCGGUGGUGAUGAAGAAGUGGGUAGAUAUAUACAGUGAUGUAUUGAUGCUUAGGUUGUUGCUGACUUGGUUCCCUAAUCUCCCUUGGGAGAGACAGCCUUUGUCGGCCAUUAGAGAUAUGUGUGAUCCUUACUUGAGUCUCUUCAGAAACAUCGUUCCUCCUAUCUUCGGCGAGGAUCUCAGUCCGAUGCUUGCUUUGGCUGUUCUUGGUACACUCGGAUCAAUUCUUGACGUAAGCACGUGAUAAAAGGAGAAUCCUUUGAUCAGUAAGAAGAACACCAUCGGUUUCUUGCUGGUCAAGUUUUUGAAAAGUUUUUGUUUUGAAACAUCUAUGAAUGGGAAAGUUUGCAAUUUUUUUAUUUGUUUCUAGGAAAACAGAAAAUUUGAUAAUACUCCAUCUGUUUCAAAAUACAUGAAGUUUUAGGAUGAGACACAACUAUUAAGAAACUUGUAUUUUAUCUAUAAAAAUAUUAUUAAAAUAUAAAUUAAAAAUUAUUUAACCAAUCACAAAACAGACUAUAAAAUAUGAUUGGUUACACAGUUUUUGAUAAAGUAAAAAAGUACAUUGAAUUAUGAAAACAUCAUCUAUUUUGAAACAUCAAAAAUUCUCUAAAACAUCAUCUAUUUUGAAACGGAGGAAGUAGUUGUUUGAGACUAAUUAAAAACCGUUAUUUUUCUAGCAAACCUAUUACCAGUGUUGUGCCAAGGAUUUUAGGGUCCUAAAGCAAAUUUUAAAAAUAAAAAUUUAAUAUAAUAUAUCAUUUUCAUCAAAUAUCCAAGUUUAAAAUUAUAAAAGAAUAAGUUUAUUAAGUAAAUAUGAUAUAAUUAUAUCAAGCAAGCAUAUAGUUGAAUUCAGAAGGUAAAUUAGUCGAAUUCUCGUGAAUUUGUUUUUUUUCAAAAUAAGUCCAAAUCACUAAACUAAAAAUUAUUUUAAAUUUUAAAACCCCCAAAUAAAGUUACAUUAAUCGAGGGUUGAGACGAAUGUCUUUUUCAAUAUACUGUAGACACUUCUGUGCCUAUUACAAAAGUUUGAUAACAAAAGAUAGAAAUUUAGUGGUAUAGGAGCUCCAGCUGGAGUGCCCGCCCCUGGGUUCGAGCCUUGGCCACUGCAGAAUUUACAUAUGGGCUGCAGCAUCCGAGACCGAAGGCCGUUACACGGUGAGCCACAUGGUGACGCCCUGGCAGCGUCCUUGCUCACUUCGGUCUCUAGUCUGGACCACCUCGGUGGGGCCAGGAUACUCGGUUAGCAAAAAAAAAAAAAGAUAGAAAUUUAGUUACACCGAAGGGAUAAUGCGGUCAAUGCCAAGGAUAAAUGGUCGCUUGGCAAGAACGCAUACACAUGGUUGACCGAGCGUCUUUAUGGCAGCUCGUUCGGAGACAAUGUGCUAAACGGCACCACUGAUGGUCUUAGUGGUAGUCCAUAUAUAACCUGUGCAUAUAGUAGUAGGAUAGUGCGAGGAGAAUGGUCGCAUGAGUAACCUAAUGGAGUUGGGAUAAGAUGGAUCAUGAAAAUUGGGGUUUAUUGUUUUAGGUUUUUUUCAUUUUUGAAACUAGUUUUCAUUUUCGAUGCAAUUAUUUAUAUUUUAAGUAACUUGCAUAUUCAGAACAAGAAAAUUACCUCUUAUUUCACUCAACUUAUCUCUAAUUAUUUAGUUUAUAUCUUUAAUUUGAGGAGGAAAUGUGUAAUACAUAAGAGAUAGGUUUGGAGAAAAUAUAUACUUCAGCCUUGUAAGUGUGUACGUACGACUAAUUUAUUUAUUUACAUGCAUACAUAAUGGGUUGUCCAAAUUCUAUAAAAUAGAUCGUAUAGAACUCUAGUCUCUAUGUCCAUUCAAAUCAUGGAUCUUAAUCAUUAUCUUACACUAAUGAUCUCUCUGAAUUACCUACGUUGUCAGCAAACCGUAGAAGCUUUGCUGCUUUGUAAUGUCACCAUUAAUUGGGUAUUUGGUGAAGGGGAAUUUUUUUCAUAUUUUAUAGCACAUUUGGGGUUGUUCGGCUGAAUACAGGAUUUUAUAGUAUGUGCUUUACAUACCAAAGCACAAAACAGAGCAAAUGACAAAAAAAAAACAAAACAUUCAUCACCUUAUUAAAAACUGAUCCAUUCUUUUACCAUCUCUCAAAAAACAAGUAGAAAUUGUUCUUUUUAUCUUACUUUUCUCAGUUCAGUCCCUCACAAAUAUGAGAAUCCAAUCCCUAGAC